GAGGAGGAACAAAGAUGGCGGCCGGAGCGGCAGGAGCCGUUGCCAUGGCGUCGCGGCGGCGGGCCACAGCCAAGGGGAACCCCAGUGCAGUCAGCCACCUCCGUGAGGUGUGAACGAGGGGCCAGCAGAGUUGAGAGGCACUCCGCUUGCGAGAGGGCUCUUCACCUCCUCCUCUCCACCAUGCCCCAAGCGUCGGAACAUCGCAUGAGCCGGGCUCGAGAACAAGCCGUCAUCACCUCCCAGCCGAAAGCCACCCACAAGCUGCUCAAUGGGUGCCGGGCCCCCAGCCAAGAGCACCGUGCUUGCUGCUCCUCUUCCGCCCUCUCCAAUGGGCUCUCCACCCUCAACACCACCGCCGCUUCCAAACUCCGCCCUCUGCCCCCCCGGCCGGGCAACGUGGAGGAACGGAGCAAGAAAAUGGAGCUGGAGCGUGGCAGGGCCUCCAAGCGGGGCGAGGUCCCCCGCGGCACGUCGUCAUCCCGCCGGGGACCCCUCAAAGCAGACCACGCCCUCCGGGUGCCCAGCUGCCCACAAGCCUGCACAGUCUCCAGCAGCAGCUCGUUCACCAUGCCUCCCGGAGUUCUCCUGGGCGGGCCGGACUCCGAGUGCCGGCGAAGCAACCUGCUGCGCUCCAAGUCCAUCAGCAUCGGGGAUUUGAGCCACCCGGGCAGCCGCGGCGAGGAGCAGCUGAGCCUGGCGCUGAACCGGCUGACCCUCCAAGACCGCAGCCCAUCUUGCAGUCACAAGCUGGGCCUGGGCGCCCUGGCUCUGAAGAGGAGCUCGUCCCUCCGCAGGGUCAACGUGACGUCCGGCCUCGACGGCCGCCCUGCCGCUCCGCUCCUCUCCGUUCGCACGGAAGGCUAUCUGAGGACUUGCAACAUAGACCCGCAGGCCCUGGAGUACGGACGUCCCCAGGAUAUCCUGAUGACGACGAGCCCGCCUUCAAACAGGACUCCGGUUCUGAGCCGACUGGAAGACAAAGCAACCACCUCUAUUACUCUUGAUCUAGUGAAUUGGGAGGAGAAGGCAGGUGUGAAACUGACUGGUGGGUGUGUCCCCUUCUUUCCAGCCUUUGCAGAUGUCAUCGCCACAUUGUGGCACCCCGAUACCACCGAGGCCGCCAACCCCAGCCGCUUCAAGUCCGUCUUUCAGAAAUACGUCCCAUCUUUUACAGGAUACAGGUAUGUGACAAAUGCCGACAAAGGACUCGAAGCACCAAGAAGCUGACCAUCCAGCGUUUCCCCCGUAUCCUCGUGCUACAUCUCAACCGGUUUUCCACCACCCGCUAUUCCAUUAAGAAAUGCUCUGUCUAUGUGGAUUUCCCCCUCCAGCAGCUCAACCUGAAGGAGUUUGCCAGCGAAAAGGCCGGCACCCCCGUAUACAACCUGUACGCCUUGUGCAACCACUCCGGAAGUGUCCACUACGGUCAUUACACAGCCUUCUGCAAAGAUCAAUCUGGCUGGCGUGUCUUUAACGAUUCCCGGGUGUCCCCCAUCAACGAGAACCAGGUCCCUUCCAGCGAAGGUUAUGUACUUUUCUACGAGCUGGACGACUUGCACUGGAAGAAACAGUAAAAAAAGGAAGGAAAAAAAACAGGGAGAAAAAAAAGAAGUAUUGAUUCCCGGCCCUUUUUGACCACGAAGCCCCUCUUAACCUCAGAGACUGGCGUGUGGGCUCUUUUAAACCUUCAGAAGAAAGGGAAGGGGGAAAUAAAAGCAGUGGUGGAAAAAAAAGAAUUAAUAAAACCCAGGAAACGAUUACCACGUGAGGAGUUUGGUUCUCCCAACGCUUGGAUCGCCGCUUCUGGUUUUUUUUCCCUACCUUUUUAAAUCCAGGUUUCUUUGGGGCUUUUUUAAAAAAAAAAAAACACAUUGUUUUAUUUUUAUUUCUUGCCUCUGUGGGGUUUUCCUCGCUCCUCAAUUCCCCAGAGUUUUAAGAUUAGAAGGGGGAGAGAAAAAACAUUGAUUUUGUGGGGAGGGAAAAGGAGGAUCGGAAGGGUCGCAACCUCAGAGAGAGGGAGACACGCUGUGAAGCGAAGCAGCCUUUUUCCUCGUCUGCGCAUCCAUUUUUCCCCCUUUUUUCACCUCCUUCCUUCCUUCCCCGGCUCUCUUCCCCCUAACCCUCAGGGCCAAACUUAAGGUGUGCUUAGACACCCCACCCCACCCCCUCAGUCCGAGACUGGGGCGUCGCGCUUGGUUUUAACAACUUUCUACACAAUGAAGGGUUUGUUGUACAUUUGCAGUAGAUGACGAGAGAAAAUGAAGAGAUUGAAACUUUUUGUGAAUAAAUUUAUUUAACAAAAAAAAAAAAAA